UCGAGACAAGGAUUACUUCCGGCCGCCUGUCUCGCGUAACGCAGAUUGUACGAGGCGUUUCGCCCUCAAAGAAAAACAUUUUGGACAUAAGGACCUUUUCAAACCUGGAAUAAUUACUUAAAAUUAUUAGUUUUAGUCUUUUAAAGCCAAGUGUGGAUAAGGUUUCCUCGGUAGCGGCUGCUCAAUACUCUAAGAAGUCCAAAGUGUCUUAGUACUGGACUUUCCAAACACGAUACACAUCCCGAAUUUUCCAAUGACAUAAUCACGGCUUCACAGACUCUGCCUGGGGUCGAGUCGUCUAACCCCAACGCUGCAGCAUUGUUGUGGCAUCGUUGUGACGUUGAAAGGAAACAGAUACACCAGUCAUCAUGCCGGCCCUCUCCACCAGAACCGGCAGUGAGAUAGGUCUGUAUGAGCUGUUGUCUGUAUUGCCGUCUCAACUGCAGCCUCAUGUUGAGAACGCAGAUGACCGCUCCUUUCUACACGCUAUGUUUGGGCAGAGGAGUCUACACUCAUUGGUCAAGAUCCAUGAGAAGUUACAGUGUUAUGAAGACUGCUCACCAACUCCAGUACUGGACAGCGCCAGCUCACUGGCCCAAGACCUGUCAGAGGAACUUCAGGGACAUGGUGCGAGUGGCGAGAUCAGAGAGCUUGUUAAACUACUGUCCAAACCACACGUAAAGAGUUUGUUGGCUGUUCAUGAUAUCGUGGCCAGGAAGAGUUACGAUCCAGAACUUCCUCCUUUGCCAGAUGACAUUGAUGAUGAAGAGGACUCUGUCAAGAUCAUUAGACUGGUCAAGAAUAAAGAGCCUUUGGGUGCCACCAUAAAGAAGGACGAGCACAUGGGUGCGAUCGUAGUGGCGCGCAUCAUGAGGGGCGGAGCAGCAGACAGAAGUGGGCUGAUACAUGUUGGGGACGUGCUAAAAGAGGUCAACGGCAUUCCUGUAGAUGACAAAAAACCUGAAGAAAUAAUCAGCAUCCUGGCACAGUCACUAGGUGCCAUCACCUUUAAAGUGGUCCCAGGCCUCAAAGAGGAGGCGCCAAACAAGCAUCCCAAGAUGUUCGUGAGGGCACUUUUUGACUAUAAUCCAGCAGAGGAUAAUGCAAUCCCUUGCAAGGAGGCAGGGUUGGUGUUCAGAAAGGGAGAAAUCCUGCAGAUUAUGAGUCAGGACGAUGCCACUUGGUGGCAAGCCAAACAAGAAGGCAACGGCAACCCGCGCGCUGGACUCAUCCCUUCAAAACACUUUCAGGAAAGGAGGAUUGCAGUAUGGAAACCCUUGACUGUCUCGCUGCCACAGAGGACCCCCAGUAAAAGAUUUUCGGGUCUACGAAGGAGUUUUCGUCUCAGCAGAAGAGAUAAGAAGACAAAUAAAUCCAUGUACGAAAGCAAAAAAAGUGAGCAGUACGACACAGCUGACGUGCCCACGUAUGAAGAGGUCACGUCUUACCGCAGAAAACAAGGAGAGAGGCACAGACUUGUCGCUUUAGUCGGUCCUACUGGUGUCGGUUUGAAUGAGCUCAAAAGGAAGCUGUUGAUAUCCGACCCGCAGCAUUUUAGUGUCACCAUCCCACAUACCUCCCGAUCCAAGAGACAAUCUGAAAGUGAUGGAGUGGAGUAUCAUUUUAUCUCCAAAGAUCUUUUUGAGGCCGACAUUCAGAACCACAAGUUUAUUGAACAUGGAGAAUAUAAAGGAAACUAUUAUGGGACGAGCUUUGACUCUGUACGUUCAGUCUUGUCCAAGAACAAAGUGUGCCUUUUAGACGUACAGCCACACACGCUGCGGCAUCUUCGCACGGCUGAGUUUAAGCCCUAUGUGGUAUUUGUGAAGCCUCCAUCCAUCGAGCGCUUAAGAGAAACCAGGAGGAAUGCUAAAGUCGUUUCAGGAAAAGAUGAUAAGAGCUCAUCCAAACCCUUUUCGGAGGAGGACUUCCAGGAGAUGAUCAAUUCCUCUCAGAUGAUGGAAAACCAGUAUGGUCACCUCUUUGACAAGGUCAUCGUCAAUGAUGACCUCACAACAGCCUUUAACCAGCUCAAGCAGGCUCUUAGGAAAGUGGAGACAGAACCUCACUGGAUGCCUAUUGGCUGGACUCACUCCUGAAUGGCAGCACACAAGAGAGGACAAAAGAUACAAGGGAACAAGACAUCAGUCAAACGCGGUGGAAAAAAUAAGCGAAGGACUUUUUACGAGCUGUGAAAUAUUUUGAGCUUUUUGUUUUUAUUUUUGGCUUUAGACGGUGACGGGGAUAAUCAUUUUAGAGUUAUCUUAACACGUGAAGUGGUUUAUCUGUUCUUGGAAGACUAAAGCAGAUGCUCAUAGGUUUGUUUUUGUUCGGUCGUGGUGGAUAUAGCAGAAGUGGUGUAAUUACGUUUGGAACGUAAGCAAACGUCCGCUUGUUUAGCGGCUAUAGAGAAUGUGUUUUUCAGACUGCCAAUCAAGUGGUCUGGUGGUCUUGACCGCUCCUUCGCGUAUUUUUAACAUUAGUUUAUAGAAACCAAAGGGAUGAUUAUUAUUUUUCUGAGGUCAAAUGCAUUUUUGUAUCGGAACCUUUGUGAAAUUUGGGUGGAAGUGCAGAUUUUUUUAACUGAUUGCUGCUUUGUAACACUAUAGUAAACCACUGGCCUAUAGCUUCGCUGUUUAACAUUUAUCUUCAAUGGAACGAAAAGCCACACGAUGCUCAGAAGGCCCAAACUGAUUUUAUUUAAAUAGAAAAUUAAUAUAUUUUGAUAAUGUAAAUUCCAGGUAGUAGAAUAUUCAGUCAAACUCUUUAUAAAAUUUACUGGACUGUAAAAACAAGUUGACAAAACAUUUUUGUGUUCAUUUAAACACAGGAAAUACUCUUAAAGGAUUAGUUCAUUUUCUUAAAAAAAAUCCAGAUAAUUUACUCACCACCAUGUCAUCCAAAAUGU